AUUAGAAUGGAGUGAAUUUUUGUAUUUUUUAAUAUAUCUUUCAACAUAAUUAUUUAAUUUUAAUUGCUACUGUUGCGUUUAUCUAUUGAAUAUCUACUAUUUCGAAUAACAGUGACGCUGUCCAUGCUAAAUGUACAGAAUGGGUAAAAAUAAAAUGAUCGCGAAGAGCUGUCCCAAGUGCGAACUACAGGUGGCAGUAGCAUCAAAGUCAUGUAAGUGCGGGCACACAUUCUUCGCAGCACGACGAGGUGCCGACUCACUACCAGCUGCAGAAGAUAUCAGACGAAGGACUGGGAGAGUGAGACGUUCACAACCACAGUUCUAUGAUUCACAGCAUUACCAGAAGGAGAAGAAGAAAUCACCAAAGAAAAGAUCAUUAUCUACAACUAUUGAAAGUGAUUUCAAGAAGGAAAAGGGAGAAACGGCGACUGCUAGAGCUCGUCGUAGACGUGCUUUGAAACGUGCCAAUCGUUCCCCGGCAGUCGGCGAGCGCGGACGUGAUCCAACACCUCAGUUAAAACCGGCACAAAUCGCGAGAUGCAAUCUCAUCUUGCAAGAGAUUAAUAGGAAAAUGCGAGCCGUCACUUGGCGCCCGCCAACUGAUAGUUGAAGAAAGCAAAUCAUGUCUAUGGUUCUACGGCUUGAUGAUGACAUGCGUCGAUUUAAAAAAAAAUGAUAGUCAAACAAGGAUAUUUGAACUGGUGAGAGGCACUAUCACUGUUGGUUCUGUCAGAAUAUAUAUAUAAAACCUUUUUAGGCAUGAGAAAUUACAUAAGAUAAAAAAAAAUUAUG